AUAGUAAUUACUUCAGAUAGCCAAAGACCAGCUACUGCAAAGAUUUCUUUUCCACAUUUUAACGAGCUCAACAUUUCUCCUGGACAAUGGGCUCAGAUCUAUACAGACGCGCAUAAUGUAGGUUGAUUACAUUAAAUGUAUAUUGAUCGAUCGAAUAGAUCUAUUAUUGUUCAGUUUGGCCUGUUUCUAUUGCACAUCAACAUGUCAUCAUUAGUCCGUUUAUACACAUGAAGGCAAAAGAAACAGACCAAAUGACCCCUUGUAUCAUACCUAUAUCCAGUCCUAAGAUCGCUAUCACAGCAGUCCUAGAAUACAAGCUAGGAAAGCAUGUAACUGAAGAAGAACAGCUAUCGCAUUUUGGAUUUGUUUUUAACAGAGCAACAGAACAGCAAAAAUACACUGUAAGGAUAGAUCUAACAUAUAUUAUUGACCUGAGCUAUUAGUGUCUACGGAACAUGAUUGACAAUCAUGUGCUUGAAUGCAGUGCUUCUAUAUCAACGCCACUUUUAAGUAUCAAAGUCGUAUCUGUCUAUCCUGAAUCAACGCCUGUUCUUCUAUCAUCAGCGACACUUGUCACUCUGACAGAAGAAAGCCAAACAAAUGGGCUCGAAAAAGCAGUUCAAUCCAUGUCAAUUGACGAUAAUCAAGCUAUUUCUAGUUUUGAGAAAGCUUACAAAACAUUAUAUGAAGUUGUUUGCUUUCCCUUUUUAUAUAGAGAUUGGGUAUCCAAGUUAGGUAUUGAGUGUCCUAAAGGAGUGUUGCUUUAUGGCCCACCUGGUGUAGGCAAAACAUUUCUUGUAUCCUGUGUAGCCAAGAAAUGCAAUGCUAAAUUGUUUGUAAUCAAUGGCUCAGAAUUGUUUGGGCCACUUGUGGGUGAAAGUGAAGAAAAGCUGCGUAAUAUAUUUUCGCAAGCGAGAGAACAUGCUGUCAAGCAAGAUGAGCCUGUUGUUUUGUUUAUCGAUGAAAUUGAUGCAUUAACGCCUAAACGAGAUCAAUCCCAAUCGCACGAAAAUAGAAUGGUGGCACAAUUAUUGACGUUAAUGGAUGGUGUCAAGUCUAGAGGAAAGUUGGUUGUUGUUGGUGCCACAAACAGACCAAAUGCCAUUGAUCCAGCUCUUCGUCGCCCUGGAAGAUUUGAUCGUGAGAUACACAUGGAGCCACCCAAUGUAUCUGAUAGACAUUCCUUGUUUAAAGCACAAAUUGAUAAAAUGCCAUUAGAUGAAUCAAUUGAUAUUGAUACUCUGGCCAAUAUGACAAAUGGUUAUGUAGCUGCUGAUAUCAACUCAGUCUGCCGUGAGGCAGCCAUGCAUGCAAUACAAAGAGCCAAUAGAGAGAACCAUGUGCUUGUUAAUAUGAUGGAUUUCAAAGCUGCUUUUUCAGUUGUCGGUCCUUCUAUGCAAAGAGGCUUUCAAGUUCAAGUAGACAAAAUGAAAUGGGAAGAUGUAGGUGGGCUUGAAGAUGUGAAGAAGCGCUUAAAACAAGCAGUGGAAUGGCCAUUAUUAUACAAAGAUUCAUUCAAAAGACUUGGACUUAAACCACCUCGAGGCAUUUUGUUAUAUGGUCCUCCUGGUUGUAGUAAAACAACAUUGGUCAAAGUCAUUGCUUCUUCUGCUAAUGUUGCCUUCCUGUCAAUCAAUGGCGCACAACUUUAUUCGCCCUUUGUAGGUGAUUCUGAAAAAAUAGUCAGAACUACUUUUCAAAAAGCAAGAGCAUCUGCACCUGCAAUUAUCUUCUUGGACGAAACAGAAGCUAUUGUGGGGAAAAGAAACAUGGGUAAUGGUGGAUCUAGUGGUGAUAGCGUACAAGAAAGAGUACUUUCGACCUUACUGAAUGAAAUGGAUGGUGUAGAAAGUGCAGACUCAGUCUUAGUAGUGGGUGCUACCAACCGUCCAGAUAUGCUGGAUGCAGCCUUGAUGAGACCAGGUCGAUUUGAUCAAGCUGUAUAUGUUCCUCCACCAGAUGAAAAGGCAAGGUUUGAAAUCUUGAAGAUACAUACAAGAAAUAUGCCUCUUGCUUCUGAUGUGAAUUUGCUCGAGAUUGCAAGCAAAACGCAUUGCUAUACAGGCGCAGAUUUACAGAAUGUGUGCCGUGAAGCAGCCAUGGUUGCUUUAAGAACACUGAAUACAGCAGUAGAUGUGACAAUGUCUGACUUCAAUAAAUCACUAGCAACAAUUCCUCCGUCAUUGAAUGAAGAAGCUAUUAAAACAUACAGUAAAAAACCACAUUCAUCAGAAUAAACUGUAUUUACAUUAAAACAUACAUACAUUAUAGCUACCAGGCACAUCCUGAUUCUAUAUAGCAGAAAUAAAAUGAAGCAUGC